AUACCUUCAAGCCAAUACUAUACAAGCUGUAAAACUAUAUUAGAAUAUCCAGAAGCAUUUAAAGAAUUAUCAGUAAAAAUAUAUAAAACCUAUAACAAUUGUCGAUUAAAAAGAAAAAAUCGAAAACCAUACCCUAAAAGAAACUUUGAAGAAAAGUUGAAAAGAAUCCAAAAUUUACCAAGAAAGCAAUGCUGCUCAAGGUGUAAAAGAAUACAGAAACAAGAAGAAUUUGGAUACACUUCUAUAGGCAAAGCAUUAAAACCU